AUGGUGAUAACUUUCUUCAACCACCAAACUAUAGCCUCCUACAAUCUGCACCUCUCCACCAAAACUUCCUCUUUCUUUCUUCUCAUUCAUGUCACCACCAAUCCACUCUGGCAAAACCAACACUACUUGAGACUACUCUUCACACAAAGCCACAGAAUCAUCCUCAAGGAAGCACCACUACGAGAGAUGAAGAACAAAGUCACCAACUGCUGCAUUGGCCAUCUCUUUGACCCUUUCAAGUCCUUUGCACAGAGAUGCAGUAAACUGGUUAAUGAGCAAAGAGCAAGAUUCUAUAUCUUCAGAAAGUGUGUUGCCAUGCUUGUUUGCUGGCAAGAUUCAGGAGGUGACCUUUGA